AUGACGCCAGCGCCCGACAGAAGAGGGGCAGCAGCAUCAGAACAAACAGGGCCAAAUCAGGAGCCAACAACAGAGCAAAAGACAGAGCAGGCAGAUUUGCAGCAGCAGCAGGAAACGCUCGCCAUGCGACACGAGAAUCAUCCCGCCUACGUCGCGGAGCGCUUACAGCUCGAGCAGCGUGGCUUUAUAGGCAAGUCGGACCAGAUUGCGCGCCAGAUUGUAGCUUGGCAACAGCUGGCUCCCGACGAGAAGCAACACACGGUCCCGGUGAAGAAGUGGGAAAAGAACAUCAUCGCCGAGGAUGGCCGGGUCGAGAUUAUUAGCAAUUGGGCAUCUUUUGAUGUUUUGCAGUAUCAGGACAAGCCUGCGAGCGCGGGCAUGUCCAUGAUCCAUCUUCUGGCAAUACCCCGCAACUAUAUUUUCAACGGCGUAGACCUGGACGAAGAGUCGGUUGACAUUCUCGACGAUAUGAUCAGUCUGUUCGAGGUCUCGUGGAAAGACCCCGCCAUUCGCCUCAAAAUCCUCGACUCUCAGCGCGAAGCCAUCAAUCGACGUGCCGAGGCCACAAAAGGGCAGCCAUUUACCAACGAGGCGCAUCAGGUUGCGCUUGACCAUUACGCUUGGCUCGAGUCCACGAUUAAUGACCUUGACGCUGGGGACUUUUGUUACGGCUUGCAUCUUCACCCCGAUAACAGUGCCGAUUAUCUGCACCUCCACAUUAUCGCUGCCCCGUAUGAGUUUCGAAAGUAUAGCACCUCGAAACACGACAAGAAAACAAAAGAUGCCAUUGAGGUGCGUGAUUUCAUCAAGCGAGCGGCGCAGGACCAGCGCGCCACCAUGCCCAGAACUCCAUCUAUAUCGGACGAGGCAUCUAAGCGGUCGCCCGUUGCAGCUACUUGA